GUUGCUGGCCUGCUAGCUGCUUGGGCUCGGCUUGACCUCCCCGUGACGCCGCGCCGACCGCGCCCACACUCCCCGCCAGACUCCGCAGCGACCCAACACAGCGGUCAAACAAAGCCAGCGGCGGCGUAACACCCAAGCCACCUCCGCUCCGCUUCGCUCCGCUCAGCUCAGCACAAAAAAAUCCCCCACUCGCUCCACGCCCGAGGCGGCCGGCGGCGAUGUCGUCAGCGGCGCCCCCGCCGCCCCAGCCGGAGUCUCCCUCCGCCGGCGCCGGCGCCGGCGGUGGCGGCGACAAGGUCCUUGCCGCCGCGCAGCACAUCGUCAAGUCCCUCGCCACCUCCAAGAACGCCGCCGACGACAUGAUCCGCAUCCUCUCCGGCUUCGACAACCGCCUCUCCUCCAUCACCAACGACCACCUCUUCCCCUCCCCGGACCCCUCCUCCGGCCCCGCCUCCGGCUCCGCCUCCGCCUCGGGCUCCUCCGCCUCCGAGAUCUCCGCCGCCGCCGCCUUCGACGCCGCCGACCAGCUCAUCCAGCUCUGGGACGCCACCCCGGAGGCGCUCGUCUUCGAGGCCCCCGAGGACGACGUCGCGCAGUACCUCGCCGCGGUCGACGUCGCCGUCGACCACCUCGCCCGCGGCGGGCCCGGCGGCGCGCGCGCGGGCGUCGCCGUGCAGCUCGCCAUGGCGCGGCUCGAGGAGGAGCUCCGCCACCUCAUGGUCCGCCACGCCGUCCCGAUCGACCCCACGGGGCUCUUCUUCUCGCUCCGCCGCCUCUCGCUCGAGUCCAUGGACGACCUCGACGCCUCCUCCGAGUUCGACGCCGCCACGCCGCACAGCCUCGACGGCACCCCCGCCGGGCCGGAGACCGCGCGCGGCGCCGUGCUGGGAUCCAACCCCUUCGAGGACCAGGUCUUCGACCCCGUGCGCCCCGAGGCCGUCGACGAGCUGCGCGCCAUCGCCGACCGGAUGGCGCGCGCGGGCUACUCCCGCGAGCUCGCCGACGCCUACUGCGGCGUCCGGCGCGACGUGCUCGACGAGUACCUCUCCGUGCUCGGCGUCGAGCGCCUCAGCAUCGACGAGGUACAGCGCAUCGAGUGGAAGCUGCUCAACGACAAGAUGAAGAAGUGGGUGCACGGGGUCAAGACGGUCGUGCGUGUCCUGCUUGCUGGUGAGCGCCGCCUCUGUGACCAGGUGCUCACCGCGUCCGAUGACCUUAUGGAGGAGUGCUUCCUUGAGUCCACCAAGGGAUGCAUUAUGCAGAUUCUCAGCUUUGGGGAUGCCGUGGCGGUCUGCCCCCGCUCACCGGAGAAGGUCCCCCGGAUCCUUGACAUGUAUGAGGCGCUUUCAGAGGUGAUCCCUGAAAUGAGGGACUUGUGCAUAGGGAGUUCUGGGGAUGGUGUGAUCAGUGACGUGCAGGCCAUUCUUGAUAGGCUUGGGGAUGCUGUGAGGGGUAAUCUGUUUGAGUUUGGGAAGAUGUUGCAGCAGGAGACAUCACGGAGGGCGAUGACGGCUGGUGAGAUCCACCCGAUGACACGCUAUGUCAUGAACUAUUUGAGGUUGCUGGUUGUUUACAGUGAGACGCUUGAUGUCCUAUUGGCUGAUGACAAUUGUGAUCAAGAUGCUUUCAGAAAUUCUGAUGAUCAGGAUCAGGAACACUUGCAGAGCAUGACCCCUCUUGGAAGGCGUCUCCUGAAGCUAAUAUCUUAUUUGGAAGCCAAUUUGGAGGAAAAAUCUAGGCUCUAUGAAGAUGCUGCCCUGGAGUGCAUAUUUGCCAUGAACAAUUUGCUCUAUAUUGUUCAGAAGGUAAAGGAUUCCGAGCUAGGAAAGAUUUUAGGUGAUCACUGGAUAAAAAGGCGGAGUGGUAAGAUUCGGCAGUACUCAAAGAGCUAUCUAAGGAUAUCUUGGACCAAGGCUUUGUCUUAUUUCAAGGAAGAUGGACAUGGGAGUGGGAGUGGGAGCGGAAGCGGGAGUGGGAGUGGGAGUGGGAGUGGCAGUGGCAGUGGGCAUUCAAGUUCUAGGAUGUCCAUCAAGGAACGGUUCAAGAACUUCAACAUGGCCUUUGAGGAAAUUUACAGGAACCAGACACUCUGGAAAGUUCCAGAUCCUCAGCUCCGGGAAGAACUGAAAAUAUCAAUAUCUGAAAAUGUAAUUCCAGCAUAUCGUGCUUUUCUGGGCAGAUAUGGUAAUCAAGUGGAUGGGGGAAGAAAUCCAGGAAAAUAUAUAAAAUACACACCGGAAGAUUUGGAGAGCCAGCUAUCUGCUUUAUUUGAGGGGUCAUCAGUGUCUGCCAACCACUCUAGGAGAAGAACAUAGUUCAUGGUGUCAGGAUCAUGUUUCAGGGGCAUCAAGCAGCAUCAUUAGUGGAAAGAGUGCCCUACAAAUAUCUUGAUAAUAGUUAUGCACUUCAUCUCUUAGUAAGAUUGAUGAGGUUUAAUAUACAUCGUUAGACAAUAGACACUUAUGCAUAGCAUAUUUGCUGGUAUAAGCACAUUCUCCACACCUGUUUGACAAAAGUCUCUCUGUCUUUGCCAUCACUGUCCAAGUUUGAUAAUUAAACCAUGUGUAAAUACUUUCAACAUAAAAAAUAUGGAACAAUCUCAUUAGAUGUUGAUACCUGAAGAGAGGGAAAUCAUUUCUUUUAAUUAGAGAGAUAUCCUCUAUAUUUCAGAUCUGAUACUUGACUUAAAUUGGAAAAGCAUGGAUGUCCAGAAUUCCCUGUAGUUCCUAACUUUCUCAAAUCUAUAAAAUGGUUAGCAAAGUAAACCUGAACUGAAACUUUGGGAUCAUAAAUAUAGAAAGAAAAAUAUAUAAACAGGAAUUGGGAAGUUUUUUUUUUUCUUUUCUUUUUGGAGUUUAUGAAUUGGGAGGAUUUGCAGGACAGUAUAAAAGAAAAUAAAUGAACUGUGGACUUUUCUGUCCAAAGAAGCUUACUAGGACCUGGUACUGGAACUGGAAUAACAAAUACUGGAUGGGGCAGAUUGCACACUUACAUAAGUUAUCUAUCAUCCAAACAUUCAGGUACACAAAGGCACAAUUUAAAACUAGAGCUAGAGCAUAUUACUGUCAGUCUGCCAUACAAUCGAAGAAUGCUCAUGGCUAUUGGGGUUCUAAUGUGUACAGGUUAACUUAUCAGCAUGUUGAUUUCCCAAAUAUCAGAUAGAUCAGCUGUUCAGCUUGAGUGUAUGUAUCACCAUGCCAUUGUACUAAUGUAAACUUGAUGUGCUCUCAUAUACAUCCCAAGGAGGAGGAUACUUGGCAUCAGCCUUUUGAUAUCAUACUAGGCCAACGAAAAAACACAAUCUCAUGUUGGCCUCCUAUAGGUUUUCUUUCCCAUUUGCCAUUGACUGGUUACCAAAUUUUUCCAGGCCUUCCACAUGUAAGUAAGUUAUAAGCAUGCCUUAGUUAUACUGCCAAACUUGUACAUUCUAAAACCAAGUCCGUCAUCCUCAUUCGAAAGGGGCUGAACACUUCAUAUAUAUGUUAUUGAUGGAUAGUUCUACCUUUUCUAGUACAGGUAGGAUGGUAUUCA